UUCCCUGAGGUCAGUGAUUGUUUACUUCACAACAUUGCUACGCUCACUCAACAGCUUCCACCACCGAUCUAUCCACCGGAACCCCAGCCCACCACCCCUCCACCCAACCAAUGGAUCCGUCCGGCACCGGCGCCUCGCGUCGGAAGGCGGAGCAGUGCUUGAGCGUGGCCGAGAAGCUCCUGGUGGCGCGCGACCUCGAAGGGUGUAAGCAGUUUGCCACGCAGGCCCUAGCCGCCGAUCCCAACACCCCGGGCGCCGACGACCUCCACGCCGCCGCCGCCGCCCUCCUGGCAGCCCAGCGCCACCGCCUCCCCAGCGGUCGGCCCGAUCCCUACGGCGUCCUCGGCAUCGACCCCGCAAAUCCCGCAUCGCGCCGCCCGGAGGCCAUCCACUCACACUACCGCCGCCUCUCCUUCCUCCUCAGUCGCUCCCGCCCCGACCGCCCCUGCUCGCUUGCCUUCGCCGAAGCCGCCCGCCUCGUCGCCGAUGCCUGGGCUUUCCUCUCUGAUCCCGUUCUUAAAUCCGCCCUCGACGCGGAGCUCCACACCGCCGCCGCAGCUCGCGCAUACCACUCUCCUGCUCCAAAUCUACCGCAGCCGCACUCGCAGCCACCUCUGCCUGCACGGCCAACUCCACCGGCAGCUACUCCCUCUCCACGCCAAACUCCACCGGCGGCUAUUUUCUCUCCACGCCCAACUCCGCCGGUCGCUGCUGCCUCCCCGUGGCCGACUCCGCCGCCGGUUUCUACCCCUCCGCGGCCGACACCGCCGCCUGUUUCUCCCCCUCCGCGUCCGACACCGCCGCCGAUUUCUCCCCCUCCGCGUCGAACGCCGCCGCUGGUUGCUUCCCCUUCACGGGCAACUCGGCGGCCUGUUGCUCCCCAAACACGGUCAGCACCGCUGCCGGCUGCUCCAUCUCCCGUUGCACGGCCUACUCCGCAACCACCGGUUGCUUCCCAAACACAGCCAAAUCUGCCGCUGCCGCCUGCUCCACAAACGCCGAUCCCCGCAACGGUCCCAGCAGUGCUGUCAGGUGCGGCACCUUCGUCGACUUUCUGGACAGUGUGCUCGGCUUGCUGCCACAUUCACCAGUACGACCACCAAUACGAGACACGCAAGCUGCGGUGCCGUAGCUGCUGCCAGACAUUUGUAGCUGAGGCAAUGGCCGAGCCACCACCUAUUGUGCCGGGCACUGACAUGUAUUACUGCACCUGGGGUUUCUUCCCCGUUGGGUUCCCUGGGUGUCCUGGCUUUGAAAGAAUGGCCAAUUCACAGCCACGGGGACCAGAUCAGCUGAAUGCGCCAUGGCUUGGAGGCACCGAUGGUAUGAAAGGUAAGACUCGGGAUAAUGCUGAGAAUGGGGUGCCACCAGUUAGUGCCCCAGAAGUAGAGGUACCAGCUGUGACGCCGCCUGCGAAGCCAAUGAGAGUGAAGGUGGGUGCAAAGAAGCGCGGUCGCCCCAAGGGUAGUAAGAAUAAGAAGAAAUUGUGAAUGCUAAUGAUGAAGAGGAUGGUUAUGAUCAUUGAUCAGAUUGAUUAGUUGGGAUAUGCAUUCAAUCACAUUGCCAUUUAGAUCAACCGAAGCAGGUUCAAUUAUCACUUUCUAUUGGCAGGAUCUUUCAUGAGCAUGGCAAUCUUAUUGAUGGAAGAAUUCUUUCUUUUCUAGAUAAUGUUAAUCUCUGGUUCUUGCCACAUUGCCUUACUUGCUAUUAUGCUUUAGCUGUCAGCCGUUGUUGAUCUAGAGACAGCUGAGUUGAUCUAAAAUGAUAGGUGAAUGCGGCUGGAUACUGUUUAUUGCACAUUUGAGUUUGGUGCUAUUGUAAACUGUGCUCUGUGAUGGAAUGCUGCAUUAACUGAAAUGGUCUAAAGUGCUGUUCAUUUAAUGUAAAUUCUGCUCAUGACAAUUUGCUGGUACAAGAAGUUUGCAGUUUGCCUGUC